GGUUUAACGUGAAACUUGCCUACUGUGACGUUACAUUCGCAGUGUGCGCAGCAACCGUUUGCAUAUCGCGUAAGAACAGAGGUGUCGUUGAGUUCAAUCAGAUUCAAAGAGUUUGAGCAGCAACCAUGGCCAACCAAUCAAUUGACAUCAUAACAAAGGUCUUGGAGCAUUCAGCCAAGCUGGUGGAGGAGAAGGUGGAUGCACAGUUGAGCAAACUGAAUGAAAUGGAUGAAGAUGAUUUGGAUAGACUGAAGGAGAAGCGAUUAGAGGCACUUAAAAAAGCACAGAAACAGAAGCAGGAGUGGUUGUCUAAAGGCCAUGGAGAGUACAGAGAAAUCUCAAGUGAGAAAGACUUUUUCAGCGAGGUCAAAGAUAGCAAGAACGUUGUCUGCCACUUCUACAAAAAUUCUACCUUCAGAUGUAAGAUCCUUGACAAACACUUGGCCAUCUUGGCAAAGAAGCACGUUGAGACCAAAUUCAUCAAACUGAAUGUGGAAAAGGCCCCGUUUCUGACAGAGAGGCUGCGGAUCAAGGUCAUUCCUACGCUGGCCUUGCUAUUAGAUGGAAAAACAAAGGACUAUGUGGUUGGAUUCUCUGACCUGGGGAACACAGAUGAGUUUUCCACAGAGAUGCUUGAAUGGAGACUGGGCUGUGCAGAUGUUAUUAACUACAGUGGUAACCUGAUGGAGCCUCCUACAAUGACAAAGAGGUCGGGCACAAAGUUCACAAAGGUGGAGAAGAAAACCAUCAGAGGGGGAGGUUAUGACUCUGAUUCUGAUUCUGAAGAUGAUUGAAAAGCACCAACAGGCAUCUGUUUUUUUCUCUCAGGGCUACCUCCUUAAAGGAAAUAAAAGUUUAGCAGACAACCCGCUUUCAUUUUUCUUCUCCCCUUUUCUCAGUGACUUUUCCAUUCAUGAGAUUUUAUUUUAAUAUACCACAUCUCAAAUCCAAUUUUUUGUUUUUUUAUUAAAGUGCUUUUUGCUUUAGCCUUAUUUAAUUAAUUACAUUUGAACAACAAAAAUUACAUACAUGCACUUACGGCUGUGCUCAUUUGGGUAUUUUUUUGUUAUUUCAAGUGUUUUCUUGUAACCAUGUGAGUCUGAUGUUUGAACAGAAACCAUGAUUCAUUAUUCCCAAAAUCAUCUUGUAGCAUCAGAAUUCAUUUUUACAUCACAUUUCCUUGUAGCAAGAGUAUGACUUGACUAAUGCAGGCUUAAUAAAAA